GCAGCGCCGCCAUGGCCGCCGGGCCCGCGGCGCCCCGCCGCCUCAACGUGAACGUGGGCGUCCUGGGCCACAUCGACAGCGGCAAGACGGCGCUGGCGCGGGCGCUGAGCACCACCGGCUCCACCGCCGCCUUCGACCGGGCGCCGCAGAGCCGCGCGCGGGGCAUCACGCUGGACCUGGGCUUCUCGUGCCUGCGCACGGCGCUGCCGCCGCAGCUGGGCCCGGGGCCCGGCGAGCUCCAGUUCACGCUGGUCGACUGCCCCGGGCACGCCUCCCUCAUCCGCACCAUCAUCGGCGGUGCCCAGAUUAUUGAUUUGAUGAUGCUUGUAAUAGACGUGACAAAAGGGAUGCAGACGCAGUCGGCAGAGUGCCUGGUAAUUGGGCAAAUUGCCUGUCAGAAGAUGGUGGUAGUUCUGAACAAAAUAGAUCUCCUUCCAGAGGGCAAGAGGCAAAGUGCCAUUGAGAAGAUGACUAAGAAAAUGCAGAAGACAUUGGAAAAUACAAAGUUCUGUGGGUGUCCUAUUGUUGCUGUUGCAGCAAAGCCUGGUGGACCGGAAGCCCCGGAGUCUGAGACUCCACUAGGUGUUUCUGAAUUAAUUGAGGUCCUCAAGUCUCAGGCUUACCUGCCGUCAAGAGACCCCUCAGGACACUUCCUUAUGGCAAUCGACCACUGUUUCUCUAUCAAGGGUCAAGGCACGGUGAUGACAGGGACUAUUCUUUCUGGCUCGGUUAGCCUUGGUGACAGUGUGGAGAUUCCUGCCCUGAAGGUGACAAAGAAAGUCAAGUCUAUGCAAAUGUUCCAUACUCCUGUGACUUAUGCUAUGCAGGGUGACAGAGUAGGCAUCUGUGUGACCCAAUUUGAUCCCAAACUGCUGGAACGAGGUCUAAUUUGCACUCCAGAAUCACUUCACACUAUCCAUGCUGCUAUCAUUUCUCUGAAAAAAAUCCAGUAUUUUCGAGGAGCUCUUCAGACAAAGGCUAAGUUUCAUAUCACAGUUGGUCAUGAAACAGUCAUGGGAAGAGUGAUGUUUUUCAGUCCAGCCCCUGCUGACUUCAAUGAAGAAAUUCAAGAAAAUGUUUUUAAUUUUGAAAAAGAUUAUCUUUAUCAAGAGGAAUACUUGUCAAAGGACUCAAAGACUUCAGAGGAGAACAAAGAAAAUGAUCAGUCAGAAGUCCAGCUCCCAAGGCAACAGUGGGUCCUGCUAGAGUUUGAAAAACCAGUCACUUGUCCUAAACUGUGCCUUGUGAUCGGCUCCAAGCUGGAUACGGAUAUUCAUGCGAAUACCUGCAGACUGGCAUUUCAUGGGGUACUGCUUCAAGGUAUGGAAGACAAGAACUAUGCAGAGACUUUCCUUCCAAAGCUGAAAGUGUACAAACUGAAGCACAAAGAAGGACAAGUGGAAAGGGUGAUAGAUGAUUACAGUGUGAUUGGUCGUUCAUUGUUUAAAAAGGAAACGAACAUCCAAAUUUUUGUGGGUCUAAAAGUCCGACUAUCUACAGGAGAAGAUGGAGUAAUAGAAGGUGGCUUUGGACAAAGUGGCAAAUUUAAAAUCCGAAUUCCAGAUGGAUUAAGGCCAGAUACCAAGAUGCUUCUCACUGUUGCCUCCAAGAAGAAGCCUAAGGCAAGCAAGGGUGAUACAGCCAAAGAGGAUGAAAGCAACAAGAGUGAUUUGGCCCAACCAGUUGCCAUCACUCUUCUCUUUAAAAGAUAUGUCUUUGAUACACAGAAGAAAAUGAUGCAAUCUUGAGAAAGCAGGUCUUCCCUCACACCUGGAAGACCAGACUCUGAAAUGAAUUCAGGUGGAAUGUAUUUCUUGUCAGAAUGCAUUUGACUUUCCUUACCGAUAGAGCCUGGAAGCUCCUGCUCAAUAUAUGCCCCCUUCCAGAAUCCCUGUAGCCUAGUUUUGUUCUGCUUAUUUUAUGUCUUUGCAAUUUGAACCUUUGUAGCCUUUCAGAGAACAUCACCUACUGAACAAGAAGUUUUGAGUGUACAUUUUAAUAGCAGUGUUUUCCUGGAGAAUUGUUUAAAAGUUUCUUUAAAUGUUUGCUACCAGCAUAAUCUAAAUGCAGUCAAGAUGUGAAUUUUAUGCGACUCACAAAAGAAAACUGAUUAGUCUAGGUUUGCUUCCCCAAGCAAAGCGAGAGACAGAAAGAACACAACGUAGUAGGUGAAACCUAAAAUGGAUGUUUCACGUUCCUUCAGCUGCAACUAUGUAAGAUGCUAUCUGAGAGAUGGUAUGGAUUUUUUUUAUAAGUAUGAUUUAUAUCUUGAAAUGUUUUUCAUAUUAAACAUGAUGAUGCAUGUAA